AUGCCGGCCGCUGCUGGCGACGGGCUUUUGAGCGAGCCCACGGCGGCGAGCUUCGGAUGCGACGACGACGAGCCCACGACGCCUCCUCUCAGUCCGGAGGGGACCUUCCUGGCCGCCUGGGUCAACGCUUCGGCCUCCCGGGAGCGCAUCCGAGAAUUCCAGCACACCAAGCGGGUGGGCAGCUACCUGAUCGGCCGGAAGUUGGGAGAAGGCUCCUUCGCCAAAGUGCGAGAAGGGUUGCACGUCGUGACCGGCGAAAAGGUGGCAGUGAAGGUUAUUGAUAAAAAAAGAGCCAAAAAGGACACCUAUGUGACCAAGAAUCUGAGACGGGAAGGCCAGAUCCAGCAAAUGAUUCGUCAUCCUAACAUUGCUCAACUGCUGGAUAUCUUGGAAACUGAAAAUAGUUACUACCUUGUCAUGGAACUAUGCCCAGGAGGCAACUUAAUGCACAAAAUCUAUGAGAAGAAGAGGUUGGAAGAGCAUGAAGCACGCAAAUAUAUCAGACAGCUUAUAUUAGCAGUUGAGCAUCUACAUCGGGCAGGGGUUGUUCACAGAGAUCUGAAGAUAGAAAACCUUUUGCUAGAUGAAGACAACAAUAUCAAGCUUAUUGACUUUGGUUUGAGCAAUUGUGCAAGUAUCCUUGGCUACACUGAUCCAUUCAGCACCCAAUGCGGCAGUCCUGCUUAUGCAGCACCAGAACUUCUUGCUAGGAAGAAAUAUGGUCCCAAAAUAGAUGUUUGGUCCAUUGGUGUGAAUAUGUAUGCAAUGUUGACUGGGACACUACCAUUUACUGUUGAGCCAUUCAGUCUGAGAGCUUUGUACCAGAAGAUGAUAGACAAAGAAAUGAAUCCAUAUCCUACUCAGCUUUCUACAGCAGCUGUAAACUUCUUAAAAAUUCUGCUAGAACCGGAUCCUGCAAAGAGACCAAACAUCCAACAAGCAUUAGCAAAUCGUUGGCUUAGUGAGAAUGGGAAAGCACUGAAUAAUGUCACAUAUCCAAACAGAAUUCAUCUAGAAGACAUAAGCCAAAGCGUGCUGCUGUACAUGACAGAAAAGCUUGGCUAUAAGAAUAGUGAUGUGAUCAACACUAUUCUUUCAAACAGAGCUUGCCACAUGCUUGCCAUCUACGUCCUUCUUAAUAAGAAGCUAGAGCGCUAUACAACAGGCACAAAAAAAACUGAAGCUUCUGAUAAUAUGUGCACUAAUCAGUUUUGUCGGUUAGAAAAAUACAAAUCCAAUAAGGAUUCCUAUGAGGACAAAAAAACCAAGGAACAAGAAGCAAAAGGUGACCUUACUCAUCCGUUUCUGAAGAAAUCUGAGAAAAGUCUACCAACAUACAAAGAGCCUUCCUCCUGCCUUACAACGCAGAUGCAAAACAAAAAGUCUCUGCUAAGUGAUCGAAGAGCAAGUCAUGGAGGAUUGCCUGAAAGAGAUUCUCCUAGUAAUUUGAAUCCUUUCUAUGAAGGAGCAACGGGCAAGGUGGGCUGUGUCACCUCCUACUCUCUGGAAUACCUUGAAAUUCAGCAACCAGUUCCAAGAACCCCAAGACUUGGGAAACGGCAAGAUUCACCUCAACAAGAGCCCUCAAGUCCUGGCAGUCAGAAUUUGGAUUCUCCUUUGAUUCUGAACAUUGUACAUUCUUUUGAAACUGGUGAUCGAGAGGAUCAGAUAGACCAAGUCUCUCCAUCUCAUCAGUAUCAAAUGCUUAGCUCACCAGUAAAUUUUGGUCGAAGAAGUUCCAGUGAAAGAACACUGUCUCCCCUCUUCCAGCCUGGGGGCACUUCUCCCAGUCCCACUAAAAGCCCAGGGCACCCCACUCAACUUUCAUUUACAUAUGAUGAAAAAAGCAGCUCUUUCAAAGAGGAAUCUGUCUCUCCAACGCAGCUGAAUGUCUCCAAUCCUUUGGGGAGCCCUAAUUGUGUGAAAAGUAGAGGCCGAUUCCCCAUGAUGGGCAUUGGACAGAUGAUGAGGAAAAGGAAUCAGUCAGUGGGAUCUCCCACAGAAAAGUCUCUGGAAGCAAGAAUGCCUCAGUUGCAACAAAUGAGCCCCACACAAAUUUCAUUCAGUAUCACAGAUCCUAUAAAUGGCCAGUGCUGAGCCAUUUUAAAAACCUCAAAUUAUUUAGUGCUGAUUUUGGAAACCCUUCCAUCGAAACUUACAUUCACUUUUUUUUCUGUACAGUUUGUCAUUGUAUCUAAUAAGAUAAUCAAAAGCCCAACUAUCGUGGCAUUUGCUCAUGCAGUUGACAAAAAGAUAAGUAUGUUAAGUGAUGUAAAGUGGUUUUUAAAACCUACAUAAUCUCACAUAGGUAGCGUUUGGCUGUAUUCUUAUAUUACCUAUAUAU